AUGUCUGCGCGCCGGCGUUUGAUAUCUCCAUUUUCUCUCCAGCUGCCGGCAGUGCCGGCACCGUCUCCGUCCCCGCCGCCUCCGCGCCCUCCGCCCCUGCAUGCAGCCCCGCGGCAAUUCCGUCGCGCACGCCCAGCCGCGAAGCCGCCUCCUGUCAUGAGGAACUGCAAGAUGGUGCGGGUGGCCAGCGUGUUGGGGCUGGUGAUGCUCAGCAUCGCGCUGCUCAUCCUUUCUUUUAUCAGCUACGUCUCGCUCAAGAAAGACAAUAUCUUCAGCGUUCCUCGUGCCGCCAGCCCAAGGGGGCCCCGCAUGUACAUGUUCAGGUCCCAGUUUGCGCUGAAUUUCCUGGACCCCUCAUUUGUUCCCAUUACGAACUUGCUGGGCCACGAGUUGCAGGAGAAGCCCUCCAAGUGGGUGUUCAAUCGGACGGCAUUCACAAAGCAGAAGCAAGAAAUCCUUCAGUAUGUCGAUGUCAUAAAAAAUUUUUCUUUGACCAAGAAUAGUGUCCAGAUUGGACAGCUGAUGCAUUAUGAUUAUUCCAGCCAUAAGUAUGUUUUUUCUAUAAGUAAUAACUUCAGAUCGCUGCUUCCAGAUGUGUCACCGAUCCUGAAUAAGCAUUACAACGUUUGCACUGUGGUUGGAAACAGUGGAAUCUUGACUGGAAGUCAGUGUGGGCAAGAAAUAGAUAAAUCUGAUUUUGUUUUUCGCUGCAAUUUUGCUCCAACUGAGGCAUUCCAAAAAGAUGUUGGAAGGAAAAUCAAUCUCACAACCUUCAACCCCAGCAUCCUGGAAAAGUAUUACAACAAUCUUUUGACCAUUCAGGAUCGCAACAACUUCUUUUUAAGUUUAAAAAAGCUUGAUGGAGCCAUUAUUUGGAUUCCAGCUUUCUUCUUCCACACAUCAGCAACAGUCACUAGAACACUGGUUGACUUCUUUGUUGAGCAUCGAGGCCAACUAAAUGUCCAAUUGGCAUGGCCAGGAAAUAUAAUGCAGCAUGUUAACAGAUACUGGAAAAACAAACACUUGUCACCAAAGCGGCUGAGCACAGGUAUUCUCAUGUAUACCCUUGCUUCUGCCAUCUGUGAAGAAAUUCACUUGUAUGGAUUCUGGCCCUUUGGGUUUGACCCCAACACAAGGGAGGACCUCCCAUAUCACUACUAUGACAAGAAAGGAACCAAGUUUACAACCAAGUGGCAGGAGUCCCACCAGCUGCCUGCAGAGUUCCAGCUCCUCUAUAGGAUGCAUGGUGAAGGACUGGCCAAACUGACCUUAUUGCAUUGUGCCCAAGAACCUAAAUCUUGGAGUCCCAAAUGA